GCCUCACUGUUUGAGCUUUUUGUAAGGAGGAGAAAAGCUGUCCCCACUCUUUUUUCCAUGGUAAAAUCACCACAACAAACAAACAUCAAAUCCCUCUCUCUCUCUCUCACUCUCUACUUUUUACCUUCCCCUGUUCUCAGAUUACUUGGGAGCAACAAAAGAGAAAAUAGUGAGAGAGAGACAGAGAUUAACAGAGGGAUGAAGAAAGGGUCUUCCUUGUGGUUAGCAUUGUAGAGUUGCUAAAGAGGAUAAAAAAGCUCAGUUAGAGAAAUUCUCAGUGGUAGUAGUAGAGAGAGACAGAGAGAAAGGGUUUAAUUGUGAAACUGAAACAGAGAGAGAGAAAAAAAAAAGGAGGAGAGAGAGAGAGAGAGAUGGUGGGCUCAGGAGGAUCAGAUAGGACUAGGAGCAAAGAAGCAGUUGGGAUGAUGGCCCUUCAUGAGGCCCUCAGAAGCGUCUGUCUCAACUCAGACUGGACUUACUCUGUUUUCUGGACAAUUCGUCCUCGCCCUAGAGUUAGAGGUGGUAAUGGUUGCAAAGUUGGAGACGACAAUGGUAGCUUGAUGUUGAUGUGGGAAGAUGGGUUUUGCAAAGGAAGAAUUGCAGAUUGUUUGGAAGAAAUUGAUGGAGGUGAAGAUCUUGUCAAGAAAGCCUUCAGCAAAAUGUCCAUUCAGUUAUAUAAUUAUGGAGAAGGGUUGAUGGGGAAGGUAGCUUCUGAUAAGUGUCAUAAAUGGGUCUUCAAAGAACCAACUGAAUGUGAACCAAAUGUCUCCAACUACUGGCAGAGCUCUUUUGAUGCUCUUCCCUCUGAAUGGACUGAUCAGUUUGAGUCAGGCAUUCAGACCAUAGCUGUAAUUCAAGCUGGCCAUGGCCUUCUUCAAUUGGGUUCUUGCAAGAUUAUACCAGAAGACCUCCAUUUUGUGCUGAGAAUGAGGCAUACUUUUGAAUCGCUUGGCUACCAAUCUGGCUUCUACUUGUCCCAACUAUUCUCUUCCACCAGAAACACAAACUCUUCUUCACCCUCACUUCCUUCAAAACAACCCCCCAUUCUCACCCGCCCUCCACCGCCCCUCUUUAACUGGGGCCAAAGGCCUCUUCCCUCCACCACUUCACUCCUCGUGUCUCCCAAUUUCCCAAACCCCACUGCGAGGCUUGGAUUUCCAAACUCCAAAGACGAAACCCAUAUGUUUCUCCAUCCUCAUUCAUCUGAAACACGAAUGGAGGACAUGAUGGGUGAUCAUGAAACCGACAUCAAGUGGCCCAAUGGGUUGAGCUUCUUUAAUGCCCUCACGGGGCGAGCAGAUGAUGCCAAGCUUCUGUUUGCCCCAGAGGGGAUGGAAAACAAGCCCAACCAGAUGGCAAAUUCUAACUCAGAUGCUGUGACGAAUCCUAAUGAGUUAUUGAGUUUGGAUAGCCAUUCAGAGAGCGUGAGGAAGAUGGAGAACAAGUUCAAGAGAAGCUUUACAUUGCCUGCAAGAAUGGCCUCAUCGUCUUCAUCGAAUUCGCAUGAUCACCAUUCACACAAUCCUAUGGAGUAUAAGAACUCUGAAGGGGGGAUGUACUCUGAUGUGAUGGACAGCUUCUUAGGGUGAUUUUUCACGAGGUCUAUUAUAUAUUUUAGAGGAUCAAAGGGUGAGAAGUUGUAUCUAGGUUUUGCUAGCUAGCUCUCUUUUGCUGCUUUGUGUUUCUGUUUUUGUGAUGUUAUUUCAUAUCUUGUGUUUCUUUGUUCAAUUUGCUGACAUUUUCCUUCAGUUGUAGACUUACAGUUUAUGCAAUCAAGAAAAUUUUCCUCAAAA